AUGUUAGUGAAAAAAGAAAUUUUGAAUAUCAAAAAUUUAGUGUAAAAGUAAAGGUUAAGAACAAUAAUGAUGCGGUGGAAAAGUUGGUAAAAAUAAAUAGAGAAUCUGUGAAAAUGUCGAUUAGGCUUA